GAUCUCUUUAGUUAAUUCCAUAUUUUGCUCUUCAUUGACUUUUUUUUUCGCUCAAGAAUUUCUGAAAAAUCAAGCGAAUUUCUAAAAAAUCAAGCGAAUAUAUCCCACCCUCCCACCUGAUAAAGAAAAUCCAAACGUUGAAAUCUCAGGGUGAGAGAGAGAAAUAGAGAGCGCGGAGAGAAAGGAAAGAUACUCAACAAGCGGGGAGACCUUCAGCCCCUAGCCAGUUACAGAGUUACUUAUUCUCGUCUGCUACAGAACGGAGAAACUCAAGAAAGCUCAAGCUUCCAAAGACCAGGAGAAAGAGAAGAUGAACGUACAAGAAAGGGUUCUGCAUCUUCCUCUUCCUUCUGGUUUCUAAUCUCUUCCUCGUCACUGUUUUUUCCUCUUUUUGUUUGUUUGUUUGUGAUAAUGUGUUUCUGCUUUACUUCCAUCAGAAUUUAAAACCUAUUUCAUCUUCUUGCACUGUAUAAGCCUUCCUUCUUUGCUUUCUGGAAUUGUUUAGUUUGUGCAGUAGUUUCUCCUUUCUAACGCCACUACAACUAAGCCUAAACCAGUGAGAGAGAGAGAGAGAGAGGCUCUGUUAGUUCCUCCAUUUCACAAGUUCCAGAACUCCUUUUCUUGAUAGCCUUGCCACUAUGAUGUUCUCCUCCUCUCUGAAAUGCUAUCCUUCUUGUCUCCCUCCUCCAAAAUCGCAUUGCCCAUCUCUAUCUCUCUCACGUAGAUCCACCAGCUUCAUCUCCUCGGCGUCCCUGAAACCUCACAAUGAGCUAACAAUAACUUUAUCAUCCGAUAGGAGUCCGGUCUCUGCAUCUUCUUCCUCUGCAAUCCAUCAACUUCCUCCAAAUUUCACCCCAAAAGACCUCCUCGGUGUCCUCCGUCGCCAGAAUGAUGCUGAAUCUGCACUCCGUGUCUUCGAUUGGGCAUCAAAGCAGCCAAAUUUCGUUCCCACUUCAUCAACAUACCAAGAGAUCCUUCAACAACUCGGUAAGGUGGGAUCUUUCGAGUCAAUGAAUCAUCUCCUGAAGGAGAUGAAUCUCUCUGGAUGUGAGAUAGAUAAAGGUACCUUCCUCAUCUUCAUUGAAUGCUACGCGAGAUUUAAUUUCUUUGAUGAAGCUAUUGAUACGCUUAGAAUAAUGGAACAAGAGUUUGGCUUGAAACCUGAUACGCAUACUUAUAAUUUCUUGUUGAAUAUUCUUGUCGAGGGGAACAAGUUAAAACUGGUUGAGUCCCUGCAUUCUUCCAUGUGUAGUAGGGGGAUCGAACCAGAUGUUUCAACUUUCAAUAUAUUGAUCAAGGCGUUGUGUAGAGCCCACCAGAUAAGGCCUGCAGUUUCAAUGAUGGAGGAGAUGUCUAGUUAUGGUUUGGUUCCAGAUGAGAAAACCUUCACAACUCUCAUGCAAGGUUUUAUAGAAGAAGGAAAUAUGGAAGGAGCAUUGAGGAUGAAAGAAAAAAUGAUGGAAACUGGAUGCACUAUGAGCAAUGUAACAGUUAAUGUUCUUGUCCAUGGAUUCUGCAAAGAGGGGAAGGUAGAAGAAGCUUUGAACCUCAUACAGGAAAUGUCCCUUGAGGGAUUUUGUCCUGAUAAAUUCACUUUUAAUACUUUGGUGAAUGGUUUGUGCAAAGCUGGGCAUGUUAAGCAUGCCUUAGAGAUAUUGGAUGUGAUGCUUCAGGAGGGAUUUGAUCCAGAUAUCUUCACUUACAACACCUUGRUAUCUGGACUGUGCAAAUCUGGUGAAAUUGAAGAUGCCAUUGAUGUCCUUAAUCUGAUGGUAUGCAGGGGUUGUUUCCCAAAUACUGUCACCUACAACACCCUUAUCAGCACCAUGUGUAAGGAGAACAGGGUUGAAGAAGCCACUGAACUUGCUCGUGGCCUUUCAACCAAGGGACUUUUACCUGAUGUAUGUACAUUUAAUUCUCUAAUGCAUGGUCUCUGCAUCUCUGGUGACCAUGGCAUAGCAAUGGAACUGUUUGAGGAAAUGAAGAAUCAUGGGUGCCCACCAGAUGAGUUUACCUACAAUGUGCUGAUUGACAGUCUCUGUUCUAAAGGGAGGCUAGAGGAAGCACUAGGGCUUCUGAAAGAAAUGGAGUCAAAAGGCUGUGCACGCAAUGUAGUUACAUAUAAUACUUUGAUAGAUGGGUUCUGUAAAAAUCAACGAAUUGAAGAAGCGGAAGAGGUCUUUGAUCAGAUGGAAUUGCAAGGAGUUUCAAGGAACAUGGUGACUUAUAACACUCUCAUUGAUGGCCUGUGUAAGAACAAGAGGGUGGACGAAGCUGCUCAGCUUAUGGACCAAAUGCUAAUGGAAGGGUUGAAACCUGACAAAUUCACCUACAACUCGUUGCUCACACAUUUCUGCAGGGCAGGAGAUAUAAAGAAGGCAGCUGAUAUUGUCCAAACUAUGACUUCAAAUGGGUGUGAGCCAGAUGCAGUCACAUAUGGUACCCUGAUUGGUGGAUUGUGUAAAGCUGGUAGAGUUGAGCUUGCCAGCAGACUCCUCAGAACUGUUCAGAUGAAAGGAAUGGUUCCAGCCCCACAGGCCUAUAACCCUGUAAUUCAAGCACUAUUUAAACGACAGAGAACAAGAGAAGCAAUGAGGCUUUUCAGAGAAAUGAUUGAAAAGGGUGAUCCUCCAGAUGCCAUCACUUAUAAGAUUGUUUUCCGUGGCCUUUGCUGUGGAGGAGGUCCAAUUGGAGAAGCUGUUGAUUUUGUGGUUGAGAUGACAGAGAAAGGAUAUCUACCAGAACCCUCCUCGUUCUCCAUGCUGACUGAAGGUCUUUGUGCUUUAUCAAUGGAGGACACUCUGAUCAAGCUUGUUGAUUUGGUCAUGAAGAAGGCAGAAUUCACAGAAAAUGAAGUUUCCAUGGUAAUGGGUUUCCUCAAAAUCCGUAAAUUUCAUGACGCAUUGGCCACCUUUGGCCGUCUCCUUAAAAGUCGAAGAACCAGAAAUGUUUACAGGUAGAGAAACAUAAAGGAUAUGUGCUUAAAGAACUGGUGGCAGCAAAUUCAUAUUUGCCUGCUAUUGUAUAUUGAAUUGAAACCAGAAAAGCUAUUCUGGAAUUUUGUCAUUUACCAAUCUUGUUGAAUAAACUUGGGACGCAUGGCAAAAUUUUCAA